AUGGAAGAUAGUCAAUCUCUCUGUGAUAAGGCUCUUGAUUUUUAAAAGUAGAAUUUGCUUGAGGAGGCUAUUGAAUGCUACAAAAAGGUUCUAGAAGUAGACGCUAGCAAUGUAGAAGCUCUCUAUAAUCUUGGCUUAAUUCAUCAGUCAAAGAAACAGCAUGAUGAAUCUCUCGAGUUUCUUAACAGAGCAAUCGAAAAAAAUCCCAACUAUUUAAAUGCCUACAUCUGCAAAGCUGAAAAUUAUUUACAAAAAAAAAUGCUUGACGAAGCAGUUGCAUGCCUUUAAAAAGCUCUAGAAAUAGACCCUAAAAGCGCUAAGGCUCAUGAAAGAUUAGGUUUUGCUUAUAAAAAAUAAAAUCUUACAAAUAAAGCUAUAUAGUGCUUUAAAAAAGCUAUCGAAAUAGAUCCAAAUUUUACAGAAGCUCAUCACAACUUAGGAUUUGCUUACGAAAGCAAAAACAUGAUCGAUUAAGCUUACGAUUGCUAUAAGAACAUACUUAAUAUUGAUCCUAAUUAUGUUAAUACUUAUAUCAGCCUAGCUCGUAACUACUAUACUGAUUAUAAAAUUGAAGAUUCUAUCAAAUAUCUCAAAAAAGCUAUAGAAAUUGAUUAGAAUUGUGUAGAAGCUUAUGAAAGGCUUGGGUAUGUUUACUAGAAUACAAGUAAGAAGGAGGAGGCUAUCAAGCAUUACAAAAAAGCUAUUGAAAUAGAUCCUAAAUAUUUUAACGCUCAGUUUAAUCUAGGGUUACUAUACUAUGAAGAAUAAAAAGAUGAUGAAGCACUUACUUAUUUUCAAAAAGCCAUUGAAAUUAAUCCAAAAAGCCCUGAUUCUUAUAAUAACAUAGGACUUGUCUAUUAUCAUAAAAAUAUGAUCACAGAAGCACUUGAGUAUUAUAAGAAAGCACUUGAUGUAGAUCCUUAAUAUCACAAGGCCUACCACAACUCUGCGCUUGCUUAUGAAAAAUAAAAUUUAAUAUAAAAUGCUAUUGAAAGUUACAAGAAAUCAAUAGAAAUGAAUCCUAAAUUUCUUAAAUCUCUGACAAAUUUGGGAGAUCUUUGCAUUGAGUAGAAUUUGGCAGACGAGGGUAUUGAAUGCUUCAAAAAAAUAAUUUAAAUCGAUCCAUAUAGUCAUUACGAUCAUUUUUAGUUAGCCUUUUUAUAUCAAGAUAAAGAUAUGAAUGAAGAAGCUGUCAAAACAUAUAAAAAAGUUAUAGAGCUAAAUCCAGAGUAUACUAAUGCCUAUCUUAACUUAGGUAUAAUUUACUCUGACUAAAAAAUGUUUGAUGAAGCUCAAUCCUGUUUUAAAAAAGCCAUUCAAGUAGAUCCAAAUUAUUAUAAAGCUUAUUAUAGAAGUGCAGAAGUUUAUGAAUUAUAAGGAAAUACUACUGAAGCUAUUGAAUGCUACAAAAAAGCAAUAGAAAUAAACCCAAAAUACACCUACUCUUAUGUUAGUUUGGCAAUGCUAUAAACAAUUUUGAAAAACUAUGAUGAAGCAAUUGCUUGCUAUCAAAAUGUAUUAGCAAUCGAGGAGAAUAAUUUAAGUGCCCUAAACAAUUUAGGAUACAUUUAUUACUUGAAAAAUAUGUAUGAUGAGGCCUUAGAUUACUUUAAAAAAAGAUUAUAGCUUGAUACAACUGAUUACUUAAUUUACUACAACUUAGGAGCAACAUAUGAAUCAAAAAAUAUGCUAGAAGAAGCCUUGGAAUAUUACAAGAAAACUGAAGAGAUGAACCCAAAUCACAUUACUACUUUUAUAAGACAAGGAAAUGCUUAUUCUUAAAAGAACAUGUAAUCUGAAGCUUUUGAAUGUUACAAUAAAGUUAAUGAUAGCAAUUUGAGCACCCUAUUUGAAGAUGAGCUUUUUGUUUAAACUAAUAUGAUAAAAGAGUGUAUCAAAUGCUAUGAAAAGACUAUAUAGCUGAAUCCAAAAUAUACUUAAGCUUUCUGUAACUUAGGACAGCUUAACUAGGCUAUCAAGUAGAUGGAAGAGGCUAUUCGUUUCUAUUUAGCAGCAAUCGAGUUAGAUCCAAAAUGCAUAAAAUCUUAUCUUGGAUUGGGUAGCAUCUAUUCUGCUAAAGGAAUCAAUGAAAAAGCUCUUGAAUGCUUUUCUAAAGCUGAAGAAAUUGAUGCUAAUAAUGCUGCAAUAUUCAAUGGCAUUGGAUUUAUGUAUUAUACUUAGAAAAGUUAUGAUUAAGCUAUUGAAAAUUUUAACAAAGCCUUAGAAAUAAAUCCAAACUAUGAAUUAGCAAUUUACUACACCGGGCUUGUGUAUCAAUAAAAAAACCAAAACGAUAAAGCACUUGAGUGUUAUUAAAAAGUUCUUUAAAUAAAACCAAAUGAUAAAAAGGCAAAAGUAAGAAUUUUUUAAAUAAAUUAAAAAAAUCAAUAGGAAGAUAAAACUCCAAAAACUGCAAAGGAAUUUUAUUAAUAAGGUUACAAAUAUUACAUUUAGUUGAAGGAUGAAUAAUCAAUAGAAUGCUUAUAAAAAGCUCUAGAGUUAGAUCCAAACUAUUAUGAAGCCUAUGACAAAUUAGGCCUUAUUUACAAAGAGAAAAAGAUGUUUGAUGAAGCUAUUGUUAACUAUAAAAAAGUUUUAGAAAUAAACCCUGAUUGUUUAGAUAUUAUAAAGACAGUUAUGAAUAUUUACUUGGAUAGAAAAAUGCUCGAUGAAGCUAAAGCCUUCUAUGAUGAAGUACCCAAAAAUUUAGAUACUUACUAUGAAUUUGCUGACGUGUACAAAUCUCAAAAUAUGUUUGAAGAAUCAGUUACAAAUUAUAAGAAAGUACUUGAAUUAGACCCUAAUGACAUUGAUGCACAUAUUUUGCUAGGAAGUCUCUACUUAAACAAGCCUGAUUAUGAGAAGGCGCUUGAGUGCUACUAAAAUAUUUUAAAUAUAGAUUCUAAACAGGCAGUUGCUUACAAUAAUAUGGGUCUUGUCUAUUUCAGAUAAAAUAUCGAUGAUUAGGCACUAGAAUAUUUCAACAAAGCUCUUGAAGUGAAUCCAAAAUAUGAGCUAUCUAUUUACAACUCAGGCUUGGUUUAUGAAAAGAAAAAUUAAAAAGAUAAAGCUCUUGAGUUAUAUAACCAAGUACUUGCUAUAAACCCAACUGAAAAGAAAACUUUAGCAAGAAUGGAGAUAUUAAAAAAGAAAGAAUAAGAGUAAGAGUAAAAACUUGAAACUGCCAAGGAUUAUCUUGAUUAAGGAUUUAAGUAUUACAAUUAAAUGAAGGAUGAAGAGUCCAUAAACUGUUACAAAAAAGCCUUAGAAUUGGACCUAAAUUACUUUUAAGCAUAUGAAAAAUUAGGUCUACUGCACAAAACUAAUAAAAAAUUUGAUGAAGCAGUUGAAAAUUACAAAAAAGCUAUUGAAAUCAAUCCUAAAUGCUUCAGUGCUAUGAAAGCUGUGAUGAAUCUAUAUUUGGACAAAAAAAUGAUUAAAGAAGCUUAGGAAUUUUGCGAAUUCGUUCCAAAAUGCACUGAAGCUUAUUAUGAAUUAGGAAGAACAUAUGAAGAGUAAAAUAUGCUUGAUGACGCUAUAGUAAAUUAUAAAAAAGCAAUAUAAUUAGACCCUAGUCAUAUUAACUCCUACAUUUAUUUAGGAAAUUCUUAUUUAGACAAAUUGCAAUUUGAUUUAGCUCUUGAUUCCUAUAAAAAAAUAAUAGAAAUAGAUCCUAAAAAAGCUGUUGCUUAUAACAAUGUUGGAGUUGUCUAUAACAAGUAAGGAUUGUAUGAUGCAGCGCUUGAAUAUUAUAAAAAGGCUCUUGAUGUCGAUCCUCAUUACGAAUUAGCCCUUUUCAACAGCGGAUUGGUUUAUGAAAAAAAAGGAGAAUAAGAUAAAGCUCUUGAAUUCUUUUAUAAAACAUUAGAAAUAAAUCCCACUGAAAAAAAAUCUCUUAAUAGAAUAAAGGUGAUCUAACAAAACAAGCAAACUUCAAAAGAUGAUAAAGAGUUUAGUCUUUUUAAAGAUAUAUUUAAAAAAGAUAAAAAGAAAGUUCUUUCAACAGCAGACGAUUAUUAUUAUGAAGGCUUUGACUACUAUUAAUAAUAGAAUGAUGACAAAGCCAUAGAAUGUCUGAAAAAAGCUUUAGAAAUAGACCCAAAUUUCUAUGAAGCAUAUGAUAAACUUGGUUUAGUUUAUAAAGAAAAAAAGAUGUUUGACGAAUCUAUUACCCACUACAAAAAAGCAUUCGAACUCAACCCAAAAUUUUAUUCUGCUAUGGAGACAGUGAUGAACAUGUAUUUAGAUAAAAAAAUGAUUAAAGAAGCUAAAGAAUUCUCUGAAUAAGUUCCUAAAAACCUUGAUGCUUAUUAUAAAUUAGCAAAAGUUUACUAAGAUCAAAAUAUGCUUGAUGAAUCUAUUGUCUACUAUAAAAAAGUACUUGAGUUAGACUCUAAAUACAUUAAUGCUUAUAUCUAAUUAGGCAACGCUUAUUUAGAUAAACCGUUAUACGAUUAAGCCAUGGAGUGCUAUUAAAAAAUAAUAGAAAUAGACUCAAAAGAACCAGUCGCGUAUAAUAAUAUAGGCCUUAUAUAUUUAAGAUAAAACAUGCUAGACGAGGCACUUGAAUAAUUCAAUAAAGCUAUAGAAGCAGACCCUGAAUAUGAGUUAUCUAUAUACAAUUCAGGGCUGGUUUAUGAAAAAAAACAUUAGAAAGAUAAGGCUCUUGAAUGCUAUAAUAGAGCUCUUGAAAUCAAUCCAGCUCAUAAGAAUACAUUAAGCAGACUAAAUAAACUGAAAAAGAAAACUGGAAAAUAAGCUUAAGGAACUGACAAAGAAGAGUAGUAGGAGAAAAAUCUUUAAACUGCUAAAGAUUACUAUGAAGAAGGGUAUAAAUAUUACACUGAAUUGAAUGAUGAUGAAUCAAUCAAGUGCUUAAAUAAGGCUAUUGAAUUAGAUCCAAACUACUCUGAAGCCUACGACAAACUAGGUCUUGUAUUAAAAGCAAAUAGAAAGUAUGAAGAAGCUAUUUAAUCUUACAAAAAAGCUAUAGAAGUAAAUCCUAAGUGCUUUGCUGCUAUGGAAGCAGUGAUGAAUUAUUAUUUGGAUAGAAAAAUGAUAAACGAGGCUAAAGAGUUCUACGACUAUGUGCCUAAAUGCGUUGAAACUCAUUAUCAUUUGGGAAGGGUUUACUAAGACUAAAAUAUGCUUGAUGAAGCUAUAGGAAGCUACUAAAGAGCAAUUGAAUUAGACUCAAAGUAUAUUAAUGCUUACAUUCAAUUAGGUAACGCUUAUCUAGAUAAACCUAUGUUUGACCAAGCACUUGAAACAUAUAAGAAAAUAUUAGAAAUUGAUCCUCAAAAACCAGUGGCCUAUAAUAAUAUAGGGCUAGUUUAUUUCGAUUAAAAUAUGAAUGAUGAAGCUCUUGAAUAAUUUAACAAAGCUUUAGAAAUUAAUCCGAAAUAUGAAUUAUCACUUUACAACUCUGGACUUGUUUACGAAAGAAAAAAUUAAACAGACAAAGCUCUUGAGUGUUACAAUAAAGUUCUUGAAAUCAACCCUACUGAAUCUAGAUCCCUUGCAAGAAAAAGAGCUCUAUAGAAAAAGAAUAAUUCUUCAAAUAACGGAUUUGACUUCCUUGACGAUUUACAAAAUAAAUUUGGUUCUAGCAACAAAUCAACUGCAGAGUAACAAUAUAGCUAAGCUUUCCUUUAUUAUAUGCAAAUGGAAGAUGAUAAAUCAAUAGAAUGCCUAAAAAAAGCUAUUGAAAUAGAUCCAAACUAUUAUGCAGCUUAUGAAAGGUUAGGUUUUGUCUACUCAUAAUAGAAAAAGUUUGAUGAGGCUAUAGAAUUUUACUAAAAAGGAAUUAAAGUUAAUCCAAAAGGAAUGGAAUGCAUUCGUAGUUUAGUGAAAAUAUACUAAGAUAAAUUUAUGGUAAAUGAAGCAAAGGAAUUUUUCAAUCAAAUUCCUAAAUGCUUAGAAACUUACUAUGAACUAGCAACUAUUUAUUCAGAAUGUAAAAUGACCGAAGAAGCUAUUGAUUACUUCUAAAAAGCUAUAGAACUAGAUCCUCUUUAUAUCAAUGCUUACAUCGAACUAGGUAAUUUACACUUAGGUAAAGCAGAAUACGAUUAAGCACUCGAAUGCUACCAAAAAAUAAUACAAAUAAAUCCUCAAAAAGCAGUAGCUUAUAAUAAUAUAGGACUUGUACAUUACAAGUAGAAAAUGGAUGACAAAGCAAUCGAGUACUACAAUAAAGCUCUAGAACUGGACCCUAAUUAUGACCUCUCCUAUUACAAUUCUGGUUUAGUUUAUGAGUAAAAAAAGGAUUUUGACAAAGCUCUUGAAUGCUAUAAAAAAGUUCUUAAAAUAAACCCAAAAGACAAGAAAACUCUUAAUAGAAUUAACCUAAUAAAAAAGAAUAAUGGAGACAAAAUAGAUAACUAAACCAAAGAGGAUGAAGUAUCAGAGCCAGAAGAUUAUGAUGAUGAUUAUGAAGAUGGCGAUGAAUAAAAGAAAGAUCUUUAAACUGCAGAAGACUAUUACAAUCAAGGUUUUAAAUAUUAUAAUUAGAUGAAGGAUUAGGAAUGCAUAAAGUGCUUAAAAAAAGCUAUUGAAAUCGAUCCAAAGUAUUCUGAGGCUUAUGAUAAACUCGGUUUAGUUUAUGAAGAAAAUGAACAAUUUGAAGAGGCAAUUGAAUGCUACAAAAAAGCCAUUGAACAUAAACCCAAUAGUUUAGAUUCUAUAAGUGCUUUAAUGACUCUAUAUAUAAAUUAAAAAAUGACUGAGGAAGCUAAAGAGUUUUAUAAUUCAGUUUAGUAAUCUGCUGAUAUUUACUAUGAAUUAGCUAGAGUAUAUGAAGAUAAAAGUAUGGUUGAUGAAGCUAUUUCUAGCCAUAAAAAGGCGAUUGAACUAGAUCCUAAGUAUGUAAAUUCUUACAUAUAAUUAGGUAACAUCUAUUCAGACAAAGCCUCUUAUGAGCAAGCCACUGAAUACUAUUAAAAGAUUUUAGAAAUUGAACCUAAUAAUGAAAUAGCAUAUAAUAACAUAGGACUUAUUUACUAUGAUCAAGGAAAGAAUGAUUAAGCACUUGAACAAUACAACAAAGCUCUUGAAAUAAAUCCUAAAUACGAGUUAUCUCUUUACAAUUCAGGGCUUGUUUACGAGAAAAAAGACUAAUAUGAAAAAGCCCUUGAGUUCUAUAAUAAAGUUCUUUCAAUUAAUCCUACAGAAAGGAGAUCACUAAAUAGAAUAAAAUUGAUGAAGGAAAAUAAAAAAAUCUGA